AGUCAUCAUAAAUAAUCCUUGCCUUGCAUUUCAGUCAUCAUUUCUCAACACAACCACAAUAUUCUUUCAAGAAUGGACUCAAGAUGUGUAAUUUUGUGUGAAGUUUUACUAGCAAUCUUGCUUCCUCCUCUUGGUGUUUGUCUACGCCAUGGUUGCUGCACUGUGGAGUUCUUGAUUUGCUUGAUUUUGACAAUAUUGGGCUAUGUUCCUGGAAUUAUCUAUGCUCUUUAUGCAAUCCUAUGUGUUGAACGUGAACCACCAUACCAUCAUUAUCACUCUCUUGCUUAAUAAUAGUUACUACUAUUUUUGUUUUUUUUCUUCUGCUUUGUUGAAUACACCACUUCAGAUUGUGUGGUUGUUGCCUUGUAUUUUAAUUCUUUGUUUGUAAUUUAGACUUGUACCAGGGAUGAAUUGUACUCUAUGUCACUUGAUCUGA